CUUCUCACAGGUCUCAACGAAUCAGCGCACGAUUUAUGAGUAUCAUGAACCCUUCAACGUCAAGGCGGAAAGCGAUCAUCACGGACAGUCUACCAGCCUUCCCGCCAUCGCCGACGGCAUUACCACGCGAGACAGGCUCCCUGGAGCUACUCGAGCUGACAGCGUCACUGGAACGGCGGGUGAUUCCGAACAGGCCUGGGCCGCGCUAGAAGCGAUGGUCCGUAGGACCCGAUGCAACGUUGGCGGCUCAACUUGCACCGGUUACAUCCCCGAAGGUACCGCUGAAGACGUUCAAACACACCUCGAGACGUGCCACGCCGAUCAAUUGAACAGGGCUCCGAAGGGCGAGAACGGUCGGGUUGAAUGCCUACUGCGCGAAUGCAGUACGAAGGUAAAAAUGGGUCGACUGGGCAAGCACAUGGAGGAGAAGCAUCUGGGGAGGCGUCGUACCCAAUGCGAUGGAUGCGGCAAAUGGUUGUCGCGCCCAGACGCGCUCAAGCGACACAAGAAGAGGUUCCACAAAGGAGUUGAAGCAACAGAAUCGAACAAGCACAGGCAACACGGCCUCUCAGGACCUGUCAUCCACAACGCUGCAUUACCGUCAUCCAGCUUUCUUCCGGAUAAUACAGACAACAUGAAGUCUAUGAUUCUAUCCUCGACGUAACAUACACCGACUUGUAACUUGUAUAACUACGUCAUAUGGUCCUAAGCACCCGGUCUAGAAUACUGAUAAUGCAAAACACUCUCAUGGCCUAUGUAUAUGACCACCGACUUAUCCGCUA